UCUGGUGAGCAGGGUGCAUAUCUGUAGCAAACAAUUCAAAUGCUGCAGGUGAACGAACUCAUCCAAGCGUCGGCGGAGUGGCGGGGUGACACUUUUCACUCCCGCUUAUCUUUGGACGAAUGGGAUUUCUUCUGGAAUUAGGCGGUGGGUGGGGUGUGCGCGAAGCACGAAGUGUGAGGAUAACCUUUUGCUUUGGAGAGGCGCCUUGAGCCCAGACGCAGUUGUGCCCUUAAUUAAAGAUAACCUGCAGUGAUUUACGGCCUCACCAAGUCUGAAGUGGCUCGAGAGGCUGCCAUGACGUGUUAGGUGGCACCACGUCUCCAAGGAUCCAGGUUUUAGAAAUCUGCUCUCAUCCACGGAUCCUCCUUUGCCGGACAGCGGGACUAUGGGAAGUAAAGCGCUGCCCGCUCCCAUCCCGCUGCACCCCCCUCUCCAGCUCACCAACUACUCCUUCCUCCAGGCGGUUAACACCUUUCCAGCUGCUAUGGACCAUCUACAGGGCUUGUAUGGGCUGAGUGCGGUGCAGACCAUGCAUAUGAACCACUGGACGCUAGGCUACCCUAACAUGCAAGGACUCCGUUCUACAAUAACUGAGAUGGCAGCCGCGCAAGGACUAAUGGACGCCAGAUUCCCGUUCCCGGCGUUGCCACUGGCAGCACAUCUCUUUCACCCCAAGCCGGGCGUGGCACACGUUAUACCCGCUCUGCACAAAGAGCGCCCUCGGUUCGACUUUGCCAACCUUGCCAUCGCGGCCACCCAAGAGGACCCACCCAAGUCCGGGGACCUUGCUAAACUGACCGGAGCCAUCUCAGAAAUCAGCAAACUGUCCCCCGAUAGGAAGCCCACGAGGGGUAGGCUGCCGUCCAAAACUAAAAAGGAAUUUAUCUGCAAGUUCUGCGGCAGGCAUUUUACCAAAUCCUAUAAUCUGCUCAUUCACGAACGGACUCAUACGGACGAGCGGCCGUACACCUGCGACAUCUGCCACAAGGCCUUUAGGAGACAAGACCACCUCAGGGACCACAGAUAUAUCCAUUCUAAAGAGAAACCUUUCAAAUGUCAGGAAUGCGGGAAGGGAUUUUGUCAAUCGAGGACAUUAGCGGUGCACAAAACCCUACACAUGCAGGAAUCUCCUCACAAAUGUCCCACAUGUGGAAGAACCUUUAAUCAAAGAAGUAACCUGAAAACUCACCUUCUCACCCAUACAGACAUCAAGCCCUACAGCUGCGAGCGAUGCGGGAAGGUGUUCCGGCGCAACUGCGACCUGCGGCGGCACAGCCUGACACACAGCCCCCUCCAGGAGUACUAAACCUGCACACGGGAGGGCAAAAGCUCACAAAUGGGAGAACUAAGCAUGAAGCACAAGGGACUAACCCUCCAUCCUUUGCUGCCUGCUACAGACUCUGGCACCGUGCAGAAACUGAAGUAGUUCUGGAGACAAUGCGGCCCCGUGGUGUGCUCUUCCUACAUUCGGCUCGCUUUUUCAGAGCUGCUGUACAUAUAUGUAAAUACGUAUACUUUUUUGUUUUUAUAUGUUUUUUAUACAAAUUGUAAAAGUUUUCAAUGUCGAAAAUAUGUUUAAAUGUAUUUUAGAAAUAAAAGAAAGUACUAUUCUCA